UGGCCCUCGGGGUUACAGGAAGUUGUAGCAGCUGCCAUGUUUAGCUGCUUUGUUGUAGAUUUCUUGUAGGUUUCCUGCAGAUUUUUUUAAGUGUUGCAAUGGAGCCGAGCUGGAGUUCAUUUUUAUUUCAGACAUUCAGAGAGGUGGAUCUGGACUAUCCCCACCCCAUUAGACGUCCAGAGAGGAGGAGUUGGACGUCAUUUGACUCUGCACAGGCCAAUGAAGCCCUCCACCACCAGCAUCAGGUCUCGCAGAACAGUCUUCUGCCUCUGCUCAACUCUGAGCCGCUGGAUCAAAAGCCUGUUCUUCCCAUUCCGCUCGACCAGAAGCCCCCUGUCAGUGCGGCUGACCUCCUCAAAGACAACAUGGGCGGCGGGACAGGUGGAGGGGGAGGAGGAGGAGGAGGUGGUGGCGGCGGUGGUCCGGUGGUUAUAAAGAAGGAGCCCAAGUCGAAGACGCCCUUCAUAUGCGGCUACUGUAACAAGGCCUUUCGGGACAGCUACCACCUCCGGCGGCACGAGUCCUGUCACACGGGCAUUAAGAUGGUGUCACGGCCCAAGAAGACAACCACAGCGCCCACCAUGGUGCCUCUCAUCUCCACUGUGCCACGCGACAACAACGGCAACCCCUCCUACGUCUCUACGAUGGCGGGCAUCCUUACCACGGCCACCACCUCUGCGUCCACGGCCGCAGGCAUCAUGUCAGUCCUGCCUCAGCAGCAGCAGCCGGCCGUGCCCAAAAAACCCCCCAAACCUGUGAAGAAGAAUCACGGCUGCGAGAUGUGCGGCAAGGCCUUCCGUGACGUCUACCACCUCAACCGCCACAAGCUCUCGCACUCGGACGAGAAGCCCUUCGAAUGCCCCAUCUGUCACCAGCGCUUCAAGAGGAAGGACCGCAUGACGUACCACGUGCGCUCGCACGACGGCGGCGUGCACAAGCCGUAUAUCUGCUCCGUUUGUGGGAAAGGCUUCUCGCGGCCGGAUCAUCUUAGUUGUCAUGUCAAGCAUGUGCACUCCACAGAACGACCCUUUAAAUGCCAAGUAACGGCCUGCACGUCCGCCUUUGCCACCAAAGAUCGUCUACGUUCACACAUGAUACGACACGAAGGCAAGGUUACCUGCAAUAUCUGCGGGAAGAUGCUGAGUGCCGCCUACAUCACCAGCCACCUCAAGACCCACGGACAGGCGGGCUUCACAUCCCCCUGUAACAAAGACUCUAACAACGUGUGCAACUCUGCCUCAAUCACGUCAGUCACUGCUUCAACCGCAUCCAACACUACGGCCAUGAACCGCGGCACCGCAAGCAACCCCGUCACCAUCGCCGCCCAGAUGAACAUCACCACCAACACAGUCAAUAUCACCUCCCCUGUCAGCCUUCAGCACCCUGUCACCAUCACUACUCCCGUCAACAUCGCCUCGGUCAACAUCCCAGCCACGGGGCCCAUGAACAUCGCCCAUCCCGUCGCCAUCACUUCUCCCAUGUCAAUGAACAUCACCGGUCCGCUCAAUAUCGCCAUGAGGCCGAUGGAAAGCAUGCCUUUCCUCUCGCAAGUCCUGCCUUCCUCCCCGCCCUGGUAGAACCGAACGCCUCUCCUCGUAAACCUCAUGUCUCCUGUUAUAGUCUUCCUCUCCAGCUGUGAGGGAAAAUGAGCCUGGAGGAAUGGCGAGUCUAGGAAAACAACAGUUCGCAGCGGCAAGGAAUCAUGUGGAAGUUAGCCGGCACUUUGCUCGGCUGAGAGAGCAGCAGAUCCAGAUUGUCUAGAGUUUAGUGACGGACAGAAAAAAAAAAUAGUUAUUGCAUGGAGUGGAAGACUGACAUGCUGUAUGUUUGGUGAUUUCACUUUUCUAGUGCCAGAAAAUCCUUGCCAGUCGACUGUUUGAAGUGGAGCACGUUGCCGCUUCAUUGUUAGCGUUAACGGUUUAAGGACUUUGGCAAAUAUUAACUGUGAGGAUUUUAUUUUUGUUACGUUAGCUUGCUUAUCAGUAUUUCAUAGUUUUAUGCAUUUUAAGGAGUCACGUACAACAAAAGGGACAGUGGCUUCAAAUAAUAGAAGAUGAGAGGUUUUUUUUGUUAUUUUUGAGACAAUACUCUACAAAUGAGGAAAACUAAAAUGUAGAAUACGUUUUUAAAAGGCCUCCUUAUGUUGUAAGCCUUUUAAUCUGUAGCUGUGUUUAUUAUUAUUAUUAUUAUUAUUUUUUAUAGGUAAUCUUUGCAGUUGGUCAUUCUUGAUUGUAGAAUAAUUGCAUUCUGUUUCAAUAGCUGGGAUAUUCUUCUGCUUAGUGGGGUUGAACAUUUACAGUAACAAUCUGAUGAACUCUUGCACUGAACACAUAUCUCUUUAGUGACUAUUCUGACGGCAGUAUUAUCUUAGAUCAAAUAUUUUGAGCGUUCAUAUAGAUGCCUGGUCACCAAGUGGCCGACUUCAACACUGAAAGGUCAAUUUUUAUCCUGAAUCUUCUCUUAAGAGCAUUUAGUUUUGUAGCCGUGACGUCUCUGCUCUUCCUUUCUGAAGGACGAGGGCUGUUUUUUCCUUAGGACCUUUUGCUCAGGAAAUAUGCUGAGGGUGUCCCAACUUACUCUGCUCCUGUAGUGUACAGAAUCAUGCCUAACGCUUUCUUCCAGGCCUGAGCAAUUAUCACACUAAACGUUGUUUCCUUCAUCGGUCGAAUACUGAGACGCACCUCAAGAGGUCGAGGUGCCAAAUACUCUUUAGCUGUUGACGUGAUCGUCCGUUACAGGAGCAUUAAGUUGACCUCUGUUGCUGUUUGUUUACCCCAGUCACAGUGAAAACCAAAACUGCCUUCAAAUUGUCAGGGUUUGUCAUCUUGUUCUGAGUAACCCUGUUCAAAAUAACAGAAUCGGCCACCGCAAUUAUCCCCAAACUAGCUUUUCUCUUCGAUUUCCUCUCUGAGUGGGAUAUAUAAAAGCAAUAUGCCUUUCUCAGACCAGCUGCCAGCCCAUUUUAUGUGUUAUGAUAUGGGGAAACUGAUGCAAGGUAUGUUGACACGUGUUACCCUCUAAACUGGGCUUGCGUGCGCUUGUGUAAUGUGAAUGAGUCUCAAACAAAGAGUAAAACCAGCUGAAUGUGAUCGUACUUUAACUGAUGAUGUCAUAGCUACCACCGUCUGGGUGUAAAUUGCUGAAAAAGGGUUUAGUUUGUAUUAACUCACACCCCCAGUGUUUCCCAACCAGAGUUGAUCUGGUAGAAAAAAACAUUUGUGGUCUUAAAGGGUUAUUUCACCCAAAAAUGAAAAUUACUCCCCCUCAUGUCGUUCCAACCCCGUAAGAUUUUCGGAACACAAGUUAAGAUAUUUUCAAUCCCUUAGAGGCCUAUGGAGGGAAUUUGUGUUGCGAAGGUGAACGAAAGUCUUACGGGGUUGAAACAACGUGAGGGUGAGUAAUUAUUGACAGCAUGUUCAUUUUUGGAUACACUAUCCAAAGUUAGUAUUACAUGGACUUACAUGUAGGCAUGCGAAAGCUAAAAUAACUUAAUGGCCUAUUUAAUUUUUCGUUCCGUUUGUUUUAAAUGUUGCCUUUAGUCGAGGCGGAUUAUUUCGGAUGAGGUUUGUGAACUGGAAUUUGAGGAAUGUGACUGAAAACACUACAACAACAACAACAAAAAAAAGAAAGAAAGUGUUUUUAAUUGUACUCGUGAUUAAAUGUGUGUCCUUCCGCAAUGGCGUCACUUCCGUGCCUGAACUGCAUGUCUGAAAAUGCCACCGUGAAACACAUCAGUCUUCUCUCUGACAAGACGAGCAGUGCUCAGCGAUGGAAACAACUAGGCGGCCAACUGCAGUUUAACUGUUUACCAAAUGUGUGUGGAGAUUUAGAAUCUAUUUUGCAUAUGAAAUAUCAAGUUGCCAUGUUUGAGGAAUUGAGAAUCUUGUUAUUUUUUUUUAUAUCCUAUAAAGUAUUGCUAAUGAAGUUACUCCUUAUGCAUCAGUAUCUUUUAAAGAACAGUAAUGGGGGGAAAAUCGAGACAAGACUUUGUGUUUGGUUUUGGAUUGGAUAGUUUAAAAUGAGUCCAGUCCUUUCAAGUCCUCUUUGAUUAAAUUGGCAAACCCAUGUGAAGGCCAAUGAAUGUAUAUCUUUGUACAAAAACAUUUAGCUCAGAGAACGUGGUAGUUAUGAUAGACACAUGCAAGGAAAAUAACCUUUUAUAAGACCUUUUGUAUUAGAACAUUAACAUUGGUAAUUUUGUAUAUACGAAGACUAGGCUUUUUUGGUUAGCAGAAAGGUAAAAAAAAAACAUUCCUACAUUUUUUUUUUAAAGUGUAUGUCAAGAAUAAUUAUGUAAACACGUUGCGCAAUGUUUUAUGUGCCUUUUAUUUGGGUUGUCUAAAUAAAAGAAAAAUGUCAAGUA